UGCUUUGCCUUCAUCCAGCUUUGCCAAACGUCCGCGGGGCAGCGAGCGAGGCUCAAGAGCCAGAGCACCUCUCGACAAAGUUGCUCAUUCGGGUUGCCGUCUGGGAGGGGAGCAGCCCGGUUUUUGAAAGCUUUGCUUGGGGUGUAUAAAUAACGGAGAAUGAAUUGCAGUCGGGACAGCCCUCGCCGCCCCCCGAAUUCGCAGGCUUGCUUGGGCGAGGAAGAUGCUAAGCCUUCCUUAGCCCAGGCGUCUGGAGCGUCCAUCUCCCCUCGGGAAGGGCCGGUCCGAGAAACCAGACUCACUUUUUCCGUCAGCCAGAUGGAGCGAGAGGAAGGAAUGAGAAAUGGACAGUUUGGCCUCAAUAAAAACUUGCGGGAUGACAGACUGACUCCUCCAUCCCUUCCACAGCUUGCUGGAAAAGACGGGUCUGCUGUGGAAACGGAGUGGCCAACAGGUGUGAGGGACCGCUCUGUUGGCAGAGUUGAAAGCACCGAAGUAAUGGCGUUCCCUGAUGAAAAAUGCUAUGAAGUUUAGGGAAAGAAAGAAAGAAAGAAAGAAAGAAAGAAAGAAAGAAAGAAAGAAAGAAAGAAAGAAAGAAAGAAAGAAAGAGUGGACAUCCUGUGAAGGAGACUGUACAGAUCUCUUACCGAGUUAGUUACUUUGGUGGUUAAAGAGAGGUUGAAACUGUUUGAAGAAUGGCAUAAGAGUGGAGUUACCCAGGUUUCCAGGAAUGUAGACAGGAUGAUAACUUCUGGAGUACACCAAUGCUUUGCUGACAGAAUAUGGAACUUUUUACUGAAAUGUAAAGCUUCUUGUGGCGGCCUCCUUUUCUUUUCUUUGAUAUUGGCUACUUCUGGCACAGCUCAUGAUGGUUUCUUAGGACAAUACAGAGCUGUGUUUAAUGCUGCAUGUAAUGAUGUCUGGACUCUGUCACCUGGAAUUUCUGUGCCUGCUCUUAAAAACUUCACGGUUUGCAUUUCCCUGAAACUAUACACUACCAAAAAUUCUUGGACUGCAUUUGUGUACAACAGAAUGGAACUUAAUGACACUCCUUCCAUAAACACACGUGAACUUGGACUUGCAGGAAAUCAUGACAAAUUGACUUUUUGGGUGUUUGGUAAUGAAAUAACUUUGGAUGAAGGACUGGAUGAACGCACCUGGAAUCAGGUAUGCAUAGUAUGGAGAAGUGAACUGCAGGAAGUGACCUUAUAUAUCAACGAUGAAGAGAAAAAGAAUGAAAAACUAUCUAAAAGUGAGGUACUUUAUCCAGAUGGGCAGCUUUUACUUGGCUGUUCAGAAUCGCCAGACAUGUCUUCAACUUCUGCUGAAGGAAUGGUUGGUGAACUGUAUAUGUUCAGAAUGUGGGAUAAAGCAGACAUAAAUCAUACUCAUGACUGCCAAGAUGGCACCGUUAUACGCUGGAGGAAAGAGUACUGGAUCCAUAAUAAGACAGCGCGUUACAACAACUCUUUAGCUUGUGCGGGUGCUAAAGAUGGCCGAUCAGGACUACAAGUGGAUCCAGCAACCACUCCAGCGGAUUCAUCUAUUGUCACUUUUCUCACCUACUCCAACAGUGCAACAGAUUCAUCUUCAUUUGAAACGAUGCCUUCUGCAGAAACAAUGAAAGUGACAGAACCUAACUUCUUAACCAUCACUGGAACUGAAUUUCCAGAAAAUAGUGUAUGUAACUUAGCAGCCCUGUGUAAAGACUCGGUCUUCUACACAGGCAUUGUGAAAUUUCAGACCAGUGGAAACAGCACAGAUGAUUCAUUUAGACUAAAGCUACAUUAUUCUAGAGAUAACACCAGUGAGGUUACGAAACUCCAGAUGCCAUUUAUUCAGUCUUCCUCAAAGGAUUACGAAAUUUCAAGUCUCAACAGUACGCUUCAAAAAUUUACUGAGUUAUCUUUCAUACAGUGUGAUGCAGGAAACCAAAGUACCCUAGAUUGUAGUUUCAUAGUAAAGCUGGGCAAGAGAAUGAACAUAAGCAGAGUAUUGGCAUAUUUACAAAGCCAAGCAGUUGUGGGCCCAGUUGAACUCUGCUGCUGUUCAGCUUCACAGAUUUCUUCUUGUCCCUCAACUAUAAAAGAACUGCAACAACUGCAAUGUGGUUUGCAUAAAGUAACCUGUGCUGAACAUAGUACAUCUGGCCCACCAGUAUCACCUUUUGUUCCUUCUGUCAGGCCUUCUAUCCCUGUAACGCAGCCUGACACUCUUUCUCCCAAAUUAAUCACUAUGUCUCCUCCAUUGCUGACCACACCUACAGCCUACUUUCCUCUUCUUCCUUUCAUCAAACUAACCUCAGUGGUCCUUCCAUCUCCACCUCUGACAACAUCUACCAAACCAAUUGUUCUAUCUCCUGUUCCUACUUUUGAAACAACUACUGCAGUCCUUCCUACAGUAUUGUCUACCAAGUCUACUCCUGCACCUUCUAUAACAAAGCAUCCCACCAUACGUACUACUGAAGUAUCCUACACUACAUCGUCUGCCAGUCUUUCAACAGAAGCUUUGCCAGCUACAUCUUCCUUCUCAUCUGCUGCAACCAGUGCUUUUUACAUAAAUUCCACAACCAAUCCAACUGGAAAUUCAGAACAAAUAUUUUCAGAUGUCACCAAGGAUAUUAAUUCUUCCUCUCUUGAGACCAUAAUAUCUGAAAUGGAGAGGAUAUUGUCUACAGAAAAAAUUGAACAAAAUCGUGCUGAAGAGAUGGUGAACAAAGUUGGUAGCCUUCUGGAUAAUCCUCAAUUGCAAAUAUCUUCAGUAUCUAAAAGAAUAAUAAAAAUAGUGGAUGCAAUCGGUUUAAAAUUGAACUUUGCGGCACAGUCCAUUAAUUUGACAUCCGGUUCCCUGGCUCUGGCAGUUCUGAAGAUCAACAACAGCUUCUUCAAUGGUGUUUCUUUUGCUGUUGAAGAUUCCUCACAUCUUCAGGUGGCACUAGGAAGUCAAGUUCCUACAAAUAGUGUUGGAGCCAUUUCACUCCCUUCAUCAGUAAUAACAGAUUUGUCAUCCGGAGACAGGCAUUUGGCUUCUAGAAUUAUAUUCAACUUUUUUGAGAAGACAGCUUUGUUCCAGGAUCCCUCAUUGAAUGCAUCUCUGAUCAGCAGUGUUAUAUCAUCAAGUGUCGCUAAUCUCACGAUUACCAACUUGAAGAAAAAUGUUAUCAUCACUCUCAAGAAUACUAAGCCUAGCCAGGAAAAUGUCACUGUCAGAUGUGCAUUCUGGAACUUUUCCAUAAAUGGUGGCAAAGGUGGCUGGUCCUAUGAAGGCUGCACAGUUAAAGAGAGAAGAACAAAUGAAACAGUCUGUAGUUGCAACCAUCUUACAAGCUUUGGGGUUCUACUGGACUUAUCAAGAAAUACCAAUCUCUCCCCCAUCCAAGUGCUGGUCUUGACCUUUAUUACCUACAUAGGCUGUGGUCUUUCUGCAGUUUUUCUUUCUGUUACGCUUGUUACAUACAUUGCAUUUGAGAAAAUUCGAAGAGAUUAUCCUUCUAAAAUUCUUAUCCAAUUGUGCGUUGCAUUACUUCUACUGAACUUAGUUUUCCUCCUGGAUUCAUGGAUUGCCCUGCAUCAUAUCCGAGGACUGUGCAUCUCAGUCGCUGCAUUUCUUCAUUAUUUCCUCUUGGUUUCUUUCACUUGGAUGGGACUUGAAGCCUUCCACAUGUAUCUUGCCCUGGUCAAAGUGUUCAAUACCUAUGUUAGGAAAUACAUAUUGAAGUUCUGUGUUGUUGGCUGGGGUGUCCCAGCAAUAGUAGUAGCUAUCGUACUGGCAAUAAAGCCAGAUAAUUAUGGGCUGGAAUCAUAUGGAAAGUUUCCCAAUGGCUCAUCUGAUGAAUUUUGCUGGAUUAAAAAUAACAUUAUAUUUUACAUUACCGUUGUGGGAUACUUCUGCAUAAUAUUCUUGUUGAAUAUCAGCAUGUUCAUUGUUGUGCUGAUUCAACUCUGCAGAAUCAAAAAGAAGAAACAACUUGGUGCCCAGCGAAAAACUAGCAUUCAAGAUCUCAGGAGUAUUGCUGGCCUUACCUUCUUAUUGGGAAUUACUUGGGGAUUUGCCUUUUUUGCAUGGGGUCCUGUCAAUCUUAUAUUUAUGUACCUCUUUGCCAUCUUCAACACCUUGCAAGGAUUUUUCAUUUUCAUCUUCUACUGCGUAGCAAAGGAAAAUGUCCGUAAACAGUGGAGACGAUAUCUGUGUUGUGGAAAAUACAGACUGGCUGAAAAUUCUGAUUGGAGUAGAACUGCUACUAAUGGUUUAAAGAAGCAGAAUGUUAAUCAAGGAGUAUCCAGUUCUUCCAAUUCCUUACAAUCAAACAGUAACUCUACUAAUUCCACAACAGUGCUAAUGAAUAAUGAUUAUUCAGUUCUUACGAAUGGGAAUGGCAACAUCCUUAGUGAGAAGAAUGGUGUUUCUUUUACUGUGCAGAAUGGUGAUGUGCGACUUCACGACUUUUCAGGAAAACAGCUUGUAUUUCAUGAAACGGAUGAAACAGAUUCUAAAAAAUCCCAGAUUUCACUGAGAAGGACUUCAAAGAGAGGGAACCUGCAGUUUAUUGAACCAAUGUGAUUUUUUUAAAGCCCCCUUUAUUCCAUAGUGUGAAUACAGAUAUAUUUUAACUGUUUUCCAUAAUGUGAGGAUACCAAAAAAAGACAUUAUUUAAUAUAUAAUAGAAAGUUUAAGGCAGCCUAGGAUUUUGAAACAGUGUUAACUCAGAUUGUCAGAGUUUUUCUUAUAAUUUUUAAUGUCAGUGGUACUUAUUGACAAGGUACUUUAGGUACAGCAUCAUAGCUGUAACCAAUCUUCCAAUAUUUUUGGAAGAUUCUUUAGUAAGUUCAACUUGCUGUUAGGAAUAACUGAAAACAGUAUGCAACGCUGUACAAACAUAGAUAAUUGUAAGCAAAACUAAAGCAGAUGCUCAAACUGAGCUCCAUAGUAAUCUGUGAUGCUUUCAUCUUCCUUUUAAGAAGUUGUAGUCACAGAAGCAUAGCACUGUAUAUAGGCAAAACAACUUGUACCUUUUGAUUAUGCUAUAAUUUUAUAUUUAUUUCUUGUAAAUUUAAUAUUCCUUUGUAUAUAAAAAAAGUUGUGUUGGCUUUUUAGACAUUAUUGUAAUUAUUACUAAUCUGUACAGUGCUAAUUAUUUUUGUCAAUCUUUUAUAAGUCUUACACUAGAAAUGUGUUCUGUAUGUGUAAUAUCUCAAAAUGGCCAAGUACAAAAAGCUACAGGAAAACAUCAAAUUGUAAAUAAGAAUUUUGUUGCUA